UGCUGCUGUUAUUACACACGGCCACUAGAGGGCAGCAGUACUCCAUAACUACAACACGCCACUCCCCAUCCAGGAAGUUUGGAGUGACACAGGUGAACACACAACUAAUGUUGCACACCCAAGGAGCUGUUGUCGUCGUUUACUUUAUCGGAAAUUACUAUAGAAAAUGGCUGCAGCGAUGGCAAGUAAUGAGGAUAUUUUUACGUGUCCUAUUUGUUUGGACUUUCUGAAGGAUCCAGUGACUCUGAACUGUGGACACAAUUUCUGUUUGGGCUGUAUUGAAGACUGCUGGAAUGAGGAAGAUGUGAAGGGCGUUUACAGCUGUCCCCAGUGCAGACAGACUUUCACUCCAAGACCUGUUUUAAAGAAGAAUAUUAUUAUUGCUGAGCUUGUGGAUCAAAUGAAAAAGAGCAGAAUACAAACUGCUGUUGCUGUUGCUGUUGAAUGUGCUGCUGGACCUGGAGAUGUGGCCUGCGACGUCUGCACCGGGAGAAAACUCAAAGCUGUCAAGUCCUGUCUGGAGUGUUUGGUAUCUUACUGUGACACUCAUUUGAAAGUUCAUGAUGAAGUUAACCCAGGUAGAAAUCACACCAUGACUGAUGCCACUGGCCAGCUACAGGAGAGGAUCUGUCCCCACCAUAAGAAGGCUUUGGAAAUAUUCUGCCGCACUGACCAGAGUUGCAUCUGUCUUCUGUGUACGAUGGACGAUCAUAAAGGCCAUGACACAAUCACGGCCAGGAAAGAAUGGAGUCAGAAAAAGGUCAGAUGA